AUGAGCGCAACAGCCGGCAACGGCGGUGACAACCGCUACCAAGCCGGCUACGACGCCUCCGGCACGGGAGGACUCCUCGGCGCCAUCCUAAUCUACCACCUUGGCACGUUCGGCAAGUUCUGCCUGGUGAUCCUCGCACUCAGCAUCAUCGCCAACAACUGCCCGAACAUCUACUCAGUCGCAUUGACCGUCCAAGUCCUCUCCCGCUACACGUUGAUGGUACCACGCUUCAUCUGGACCGCCAUCGGCACUGGUGUGUACAUCGCCAUCGCCAUCCCAGGCUACUCCCAUUUUGAAACUGUCCUGGAGAACUUCAUGAACUUCAUCGGCUACUGGCUCGCCAUCUACGAAGGCAUCUCACUGACAGAUCACUUUGUCUUCAAGCGUGGCUUCGGCGGCUACCAGCCUGAGCACUACGAUCAGCCGGAUAAGCUACCACCAGGCAUCGCUGCUGUUGCGGCGUUUUGCGGUGGCGUGGCUGGAAUGGUGACUGGCAUGUCGCAGUCGUGGUUUGUGGGGCCUAUUGCGCUGCAUGCGGGUAAGGCGCCGCUUGGAGGUGAUGUGGGGUUUGAGCUUGAGUUCGCGUUUGCUGCUACGUCUUAUCUGGUCUUUAGACCGAUUGAGUUGAAGUAUUUUGGGAGGUAG